AUGCCGACAUACAAGUAUGACGGCAAGUCUGAUCCAGAGGAUCACAUAUUGGCUUAUGAAGGUCAUAUGCUGCUAUACACCGAUACCGACUCGGUAUGGUGUAAGGUGUUACCAUCUACCUUGAUUGGACUAGGGCAAACAUGGUUUAAGAGCAUUUCGCAGGCAACCGUCUUCGAUUUCCGCCAACUCACGUCCAUGUUCGUAACGCACUUUGUAAGUAACAAGCGACGUGAGAAAACAACCGGCGAGUUAAUGUCCAUCAAGCAAGGUGAGACAGAAAGCUUGAGGGACUAUGUCGGGUGUUUCAACGUUGAAGCCGUCACCAUCCCUACACUGCAGCAAGAAGUAGCAGUUCUAGCCCUUAUGACGGGACUGCUGAGAGAAGGGACCCCAUUUCGCAAUUAUCUCGGCAGAAAGAAGAUGACAUGCCUAACAGAGGUCUUGGGAAAGGCGAAUGACUUUAUAAGAGGAGAAGAGUUUGACAAAGCAGCUAAUGCUAAAAGACCGGCAGCCAUAGAGAAAGACAAGGAGAAAGAUAAGGAUAAAGAUUGCCGGGACGAUAAGUACCGGAAGGAUAAAAAGUUCGAUACCGCUGGCAGGAGAGAGGAGAACAACUCGGUGAAAAAAAGAUUUGAAGGAAGACCGGACAAAUAUCAUAAUUAUACACCAUUGACGAUAUCCCGGGCCCGAAUUUUCGAACUGCACAGUAAAGACGAGAAAUGGCAAAGGCCAAGAAAGAUGUACUACAAGGGCAGAGAUAAGUCCAAGUGGUGUGAAUUUCACGAUGAUUACGGCCACAAGACAGACGACUACAAAGACCUUAAGGACGGGAUCGAAGACCUCAUCAGGUGA